UCGAAUGUUAUCAUUGGAUUGAAUGGGCGUUAUCAGUGGUUAUCAGCCUCAUAGAUAUGGGUCAGUAGGGGCCUGCUGCGCCUACUGGUAGGCUCAGAGGGCUGUUAUCAUCCAUUCGCAUGGUUAAUCACGGAUAAAUACACGAGAAGACUCCAGAUCCAAUCCCGGAGCAAUCCAGGUCUCCGCUAACCGGAAGUCUGUUGGAUAACGGCAUAUGUAUACACAGAUAUGGGAAAAGCUAUUAAGAGUGCACGCUUCAGGAGCGUUAAGAUUAAGGUGGUGAGGAGGUGUAUCACUGGCCGUGCAAAGGUUUCUUACCUUAGUCAAGGUCUUCCCCAACCCAGCACCAAACAGACCCAUCCUUCAGACCCUUCCACAUCUGUUACACCUCAGGUUGAAUCUGAUGAUGUGGCACCUAGUUCAUGUUCUGAGACUGCAUACAGUAAGGCAAAGAAGAGAGAGAUUCAUGCCUGGGAUGCAGUCAAGGAUGACCUGCUUAAGGUGUCAUUUGAAUGUUCAGCACCAAUCACUACGCAGUGUGUUGUCUGCCUAGAAGAUGCUGAUUAUAGGUGCAUUGAGUGCAGCACAACUGCAGUCUUUUGUGAGGCUUGUCUGAAGAGGACUCACAGAAAUUCACUGCACCUACCUGAUAAGUGGAAUAAUGCCUACUAUGAGCCGUUUUCCCUGGGGUUAUUCCUAUACUUACCUGAAGGCCAUAGCACCCAUGCUGUGUACAUGAAGGACAUGAAAGACAGCUCUGCACCGUCACUGUCAAUAUGUGUGUGUGUGAACCAGAAGCCUGCACUCUGCUACGGUAUGGGCUCUGGCCAGCAACAGCCGACAAGCCCCAGACAGCCUUUUCCAUCCCUCUGCUAGAGCUUUUUGU